AUGAAACCGAUUGUCGUUCUAGUGGUAAGCGAUUGGAUCACUCUUCAAGCCUUCAUCUUGCAGCAUCUAAUUCACCUGUUUUUGUCCCUACAGUGUCUGGCGGCUCUCGCCGCAGCCGCUCCUCAGGGAUACAAGUACCAGGCCCAGGGUCCCGCCCUGCCCAUUGGCAACCUUCGCCCGCAGACGCCCGUCUCGCCCAGUGGAAUCUACUCAGCACCAGCCCUGACUCAGAUCAGUGUCCAGGCCCAGCAGCCAGCCAUUCAGACUGUCCAAUCCAUUCCCGCUCCAGCUCCAGCUCCCGUUUCCAUUCCCGUUUCCGCACCUCUGCCCAUUGCUCAGCCUCAGCAGAACUUUAUCAACACCGUGCAGCAGCCUCAGACUCAACAGGUCGUGUACCACCAGCAGCAGCACCAGCAGCAGCCUCAGCAGAUCGUUCAGACCCAGUAUGUGCAGCGCCCUGCCAUCGUGACCAAGGAUAUCUACAUCCACUCUGCCCCCGAGGACACUGAGGAGGUGCGCCAGGACGAGCCUCAGCUGGAUAACCUGCCCAUUCGCAAGAACUACCGCAUUGUGUUCAUCAAGGCGCCGACCCAGAACCUGAAGUACACCGCCGCCGCCCUGAAGCGAGCUCAGUCCAGUAACGAGGAGAAGACUGUCAUCUACGUGCUCUCCAAGAAGCCCGAUCUCACGGAGAUCCAGCAGCAGCUGCAAGUCACCCAGACCGAGAACAAGGUGCACAAGCCCGAGGUAUACUUCAUCAAGUACAAGACCCAGGAGGAGGCCCAGCGUGCCCAGCAGGAGAUCCAGGCCCAAUACGAUGCCUUGGGAGGCGCCACUCACAUCUCGGACGAGGGUGUUGCCCCCAUCACUAGCGUUUCGGGUGGAUCCCUCAACCUGGGUAGCUUUGUGUCCCAGAAGACUCAGGGCUCAACCAUUAUCCAACAGCAGCCGCACAUCCAGACUAUCGUCCAGCAGCAGCCUCAGGUGCAGACCAUUGUCCAGUCGCCAGUUGUGAGCCAGCAGCAGAACUCCUUCGUGCAGCAGGCCACCUCCUCCUUUGUGCCAUCAAGGAACUAUGUGCCCGCCAAGACCUUCAAAUAA